UCACCAAAAUGUGUUCCGGGCUCCGACCAAACGUGCCGCUUUUGGCCGAGCAAAGUGUGUCUUUUCUGGGCUUUUCUUUCAGCGGGGCUCGGUGCUCAGCUCGGCUGGCUGGGUGUCAACAUUCAGUGACGGCCAUGUUUGCCGGCGCCGCCGUAAACAACAAAAAAAGUGGGAGACAGACGCCUCGCUGAAUGUCGGGUCAUUUGGAUUUCUUUCAUUUACAAUGUCUCUGGGAAUGUCUUACAAGCCCAAUGCCCACCAGCACACUCCGGGAACUUCUGGGAACCAGGUUGGUAGCCUCCAGUCAGCAGCCAACCUUGCCCAUCUGCAGUCCUACAGGCCUCUGCUGAGCGACUACGGACCCCCGUCUCUGGGAUUCUCUCAGGGCUUGACAGGUAGCCAAGUGCCUCCGAACAAAUACGCAGAGCUGCUGGCCAUCAUCGAGGAACUGGGGAAGGAGAUCCGACCUACGUACGCCGGUAGCAAGAGUGCCAUGGAGAGGCUCAAGAGAGGCAUCAUCCACGCCCGCGGACUGGUACGAGAGUGCUUGGCGGAGACCGAGAGGAACGCAAGAUCCUAGCGACAAUCACGCAUUCCGUGCAAACAGACCUCAUGAUGGGUGUCUUUAAACUUAAGAAGAAAAAAAAUAAUAAGUUCAACUUGCAUGUCAUUUCUAAAAUAGAGUGAGGCUUCCCAUCUCACGAAUGAGUCCAACUCUCAACUUGUGCCCACUUUUGGGGAUCUUCAUUUCUUGUUUUUUCUAUUUGUUUGUUUGUUUGUUAUUCUUCAUUAUUAUGCAUGCGAAAAGAAGUGUUAACGUCUUUUUGAUAUGGAUGAUUCAUUCGUGUUCAGGUUGGUUUUGUUAUCAAAAGAAAAUGCUGUUACUUGCAUCUUUGUAUGUAUUUAUUACACAGUGUAAUAAAUUGUAUUUUCAAUAAAGGUGUC